AUGGCAGCCCAUGAUACUCAUACCCUGGCCUUUGUUUUUGGCAUACUAGGUACCGUCGUCUCCUUCCUUGUCUUGCUAGCCCCACUAUCGACAUUUUAUAGGAUUUACAAGAGAAAAUCUGCAGACGGGUUCCAAUCUUUACCAUAUUCAGUGGCGUUGUUUAGUGCCAUGUUGAUGUUUUACUAUGCUUACAUAAAAAAGAAUUCUCCUUUGCUAUUGGGAAUCAAUUCCUUUGGCUCCAUCAUAGAAACUAUAUACCUUAUAGUUUACAUGAUCUAUGCACCGUCCAGAUACAGGAUUUUCACGGCAAAGCUCAUAGUCUUAUUUAAUAUAUUGGCUUAUGGAGUGAUCGUCGUAAUCACCUACCAGAUUCCAAAUCAUGAUCUUCAGCUUAAAGUGAUCGGCUGGAUCAAUGUGGUCUUUUCAAUCUGUGUGUUUGCUGCCCCACUUAGUAUUCUGAGGCUGGUUGUUAGAACAAAGAGUGUGGAAUACAUGUCAUUGCCUCUGUCAAUCUGCUUAACCCUUUGUGCUGUCAUGUGGUUUUUCUAUGGCCUUCUAAUCAAGGAUUUAUUCGUAGCGGCACCAAAUAUCCUAGGAUUUUCGUUCGGGAUGGCGCAGAUGAUUUUGUUUUUGCUGUACAGUAACACUACGAGACCCAUGUUACCAGAGUUCAAAUUAAACGAGAUGCCAAACAGAGUUGCUGCAGCAAAUGAUGAGAUAAUAGUAUCAUGCGAAGGUACUAUUCAAACUGAGAUGAAAACAGGUGAAGGGGAGAAUAAGACUAGUUCUGAAGCUGGUGAUGAUCGUGAGAAUCAUUCACAGACCACAGAGACCAGUACUACUACUAUUGAUACAGAAACAAGUCCUGAAUCAAUUGUGUAA